AACAGAGCAGCAGGCCAGCGUGCCAAAAGUGGUACCAAUGGAGCCAGAUAUGCGCCCGCGACUCGGCGUGCUUGCGUCGAUGCCGACUCAUACGACUCCUGGGGAGGUGAAGAUGAAGCAAAGGUCCGAGCAGAGGAGCUGGAUGGUGGGGGCGGUAUGUACGAUCGAAGUAUAGCCUCAAGACGAACAAGCAGACCCGCGGCCAAGUGGACUCCCACUGCCUCAGAUGGCACAGAUGGACUGUUGCUGACCGUACAAGCCCCUCCUAAAUUAUUUGAUGAAAUCGGAUUUAGUGGGGGUGGCGAAGACUCGGCGGUGGUCAAUGAGAAGGCCGAAUCACGGCUUGCUCGCACUGAAGAAGGACUGAGGCUCCCUGUGGUCUUUGUAAUAGCAUGUCUAAACCGAUUGGCGCAGGCGUGA